AUGCCAAUAUCUGAUUCUUUUGUUUUAGGACCACAAAGAGAAUUGGUUUCAAUAUACAAUGAUGAAUUUCUCACCCCGCUAUCCAGACCUCAAUAUUUCAUUGAAGUUUAUCGCUGUGUUGAAGUUAAAGUGGGAGACUGCUUCUCUGGGAAGCAUGGGUACCCGGUUGCAAAAACAACGGCAGAAAUUGAGAUAGUGGUUCCGGAUACAACGAACAAAGAUCGAGAUUCUAGCGAUAAAAAUAAGUUUUAUAAAUAUGUGGUUUAUAAUCACACGUCUUGUAAAUGUGGGACCCUCAAGUUCAGAGAUGGUACACUGUAUAAAACCAUAACUAAUAACGAAGGUUAGUCCAGCUUAAGUGAGUAAAUGCCAUGAAAUUACCUAAAAUGAUCAUGUUUUCUUUCGUUCCUUAGAAAAUUUCUUUUAUAGUUUUAUUGUUAUAGUCAGCCUUAUCAUAAAAUAUGUUGAUAUAUAGGUUGAUGACAUUAUAACCAGGGGAGCAUGGGAUCUCUUCCCUCACUAACACUGUAGAGUUAAAACUGCUAUACUGAAUAUCAAGUCGGUUAGGUAUAUUGUUGGCUGAUGCGCUUGAAAACUCAUGUAAAGCGCGUUUUCCAUUGGGCGAAGUUGUUCGAGCGAAAUGACUUUAUAUCGCUCUUUCUGUCGUGAUGAGCAAUGGUGACAAGGGAUAUGGCAACUGCGCGCGAAAAAAUUUGCCCGAUGGAAAACGGGGUCUGUCCGUGUAUUUUUGCUGUACAUCGAAGGAUUUUCUCCGGAUUUUCCUGUCUCACCAAAACUGAGUAACCGUUCCUGCUGCACUCCAUGGCGACAACCGGCCGAGCCGCGUUAAUCAGCCUUCAACUCAGUGACGUUUCAUGCACGUAAUUCAGGUCUCUGCUGCAAGGAAAUGUGAUUAUUACACUGCAACUUUGAUCUAUAUAAAUUUUACUUGCAGUGUCAGAAGCUGAUUACAAAGCAAAGUAUAGGAAAAAUCCAGUGAAUCUCAUACAUCGGUGUCACAGUCAUGUUUGCAAUCCUCAACGAAGAUACAGUCUCGUCAGUGAGCAUACGAACGUUAUCCCGAAAUCAAAAUAUGUGGCGUACCAACAGUGCUUGCCUGGCAGUGUGGCGUUAGAAAAGAACAACUAUAACAUUUCAGUUAAAAUGAUAUCUGGUGGAGUGGGGAUUGUCAGCGUUUUAAAUGAUAUUUCAUGCCAGGCUUAUGAUGGAGAAAACGUUGAACAAUGCCCGAAGAUAGAAAGAGAUUGA